UCCCUGCUAGCAGAGGCCUCUUUUCUCUGUAUUUCGCUGGGCUGGAGUUCGCGAGGAAAAGAUAUAAAUUUGGGAGCUACGUAGUUUCGCUUUGAAUGUGACCGGACCACAAAAGCCCUGUGGUUACUAUGAACGAUGAAAGACUGGGGCCUACAAUAACCCUCUUGCAAAAGACGAAACUGCACGAUGUGUUGGUAAUCGUUGAUCAAAUAUUCUUUUGAGAUAUAUCCUGUAUUCUCUCCAAAUAAUGGACAGCGAAGACGUGUUUGACGUGUGUGUUGUUGGUGCAGGCGUCGAGGGGAGCGCAACUGGGAGAUAUCUAGCGUCUAGGGGGAAGAAAGCUCUGCUAGUUGAACAGUUUACUUUGCCACAUUCCCGCGGCAGCUCACAUGGUUCAACAAGGUUGGUGCGCCAUGGGUAUUCCAGUAGCAGCCUUGUCAGCCUUAUGCCUGAGUCUUUCAGCAUUUGGACGGAUGUGGAGAAAAUGGCAGGAGAGCAGCUCUUAAAGAGAGUUGGCUUACUAUCCAUUGAAGCUCCCCCCUAUGGCAAUAUCAGCCGACUUGCCGCAAAUGUUAGGCAUGUUGGCGAAGAGUGUCUUGUGCUUGAGGGUGAGCAGCUAUGUAAGAGAUAUCCUAUGUUUAACUUCCCUGACAGCUGGAGAGCUACCCUAGAGCCUGGAGGAGGUUACAUUAUGGCUGCACAGGCCCUGAAGGCUUUACAGGAUCAAUUUGUUCAAUUUGGUGGAGUGUUGCAAGAUGGGGAGAAGGUGCUAGAAAUUAUCCCUGGAGAUAUUAUCAAGAUAAAGACCAGCAAAGCUAUUCACAGAGCUAAAAGUGUUGUCAUAACUGCAGGCCCAUGGAUCAAUAAAAUCUUGAAGCCAUUAUCCCUCCAACUCCCAGUUGAGGUUUGGCGGGUGCUGCUUUGCUUCUGGAAACCAAGUGAUCCUGAGAGAUUCACAGCAGAAAGUGGCUUCCCUGGUUUCAUAUUCUAUGGAGACGAAAGCUUAGGAGACCACAAUCAUAUCUAUGGCUUUCCAAUUCAAGAAUAUCCUGGUUUGCUGAAGGUUUGUCACCAUAGUGGUGCCCUGAUUAGUGAUCCUGAACUCAGGGAUAAAGAUCCAACCAUAACCCAAGAUAUUAUCAGCAAGCUCAAAGAUAAUGUCAGAACAAUGUUCAAUGGAGUAGAUGCAGAGCCAAGCAUUGUAGAGCCCUGCAUGUACACGGUCACCCCAGACAGCAUGUUUGUAUUGGACCGGCAUCCAUCUUAUGACAAUAUCAUCAUAGGUGCAGGGUUCUCAGGACAUGGGUUCAAGAUGGCACCCGUUGUUGGUAAAAUCCUGAGUCAGCUUGCCUUGAGAGAAAAGCCAUCUUACGACUUGUAUCCAUACCGGAUAUCGAGAUUUCAGACCCAUACUAAGUCAUCACUGUAGAAUCGUUUUAGUGAUUUAUCUUAGAAAAAAAAAACAAGUGGUGGUUGCAUUCCCUGGGGGGGGGGGGGGGGGGAUGAUGCUACUACAUAUCUUUAGUUUUGUAGAAGAAAUACAUUCCCACCCCACUAGCGGUACCCUUCUGAUUUUUCAAAAUCCUGUGCAACAAAAUGUAAGUUUAAUAGUCAAGCCAGAACAAAAGAGAACAAAGACAUUACAUUGUGUUAGUACUACAUAAACUAAAUAGGUAGCAUUUCAUAGGUUUUUGAAAGCCACUCUAUUGAACCCAUUUUAAACAAGACCCUGCACGCAGGGUUGACUGGGAUACCUGAUGGGUAAUCUGUGUAUAUGUAUGACAAUAUUUUUGGCCAUAAUAAUACUGCCUGGAUAUACUAAAAACAUUUGUAAAAUCUUGAGUUAUAUUAUAAAUGCCAUGUCAUAACAAUGGGACAAGAAUGGUAAGAAGCACCAACUCUCCAGGUUUGAUUGGGGGGGGGGGACUCACCAUGAAAGUGGACAUGACUGAUUGUCCUAUCUUUUACAGUGUAAAUUUCUACCAAAUGCUAUCAUACAGCAGUGUAGAGAGCAUACACUCGCAUACACAUAAACUACAUAGAAAGAGAUAUAAUCCACAGCAGAGCAUUGUCAUAGAAAACGUGUUUGAAAAUUGUUAUAAGUGAUAGCACAUUUGGGGGGGGGGGGGGGGUCACAACAGUUUUUAGGAUAUAGCAAUUUUCAAGCAAAUAAUCUGGAAAGUCAAAAGAUAUAUUUAGUCCACCAAGUUGUUUUCCAACAGCUACUCUUGUGAGGCAAUGAGCUGGCCCUAUAUUUCUGGUGCUGUUUGAAUUACUCCUUCAGGAAAGACUAAACAACAAACUCUCUUUUUUUUAAAUUUAGUAGCAGUAAUUAUUGUAAUAAAUAAGUACUUACAUAUCAUUGUUUAAUUCAUUGUUCCAAAUUGUUCCAAUAAACCCGCGAUUAUUAGCCACAA